GAGAGAGAGAGAGAGAGAGGGAGCUCUAAAAUGAAUUGUUCAUUGAGCUCUCCACUGGCCAAGGCAGUGCCAGUCUGCAUCUCUUCACAAUUCCGACGUCCUUCACUCUCCAUUACUUCUAAACACGUUCAGCAACCCAAAUUCAAGCCCUUAAAGGCACUUAAUAGCACCUCUGAAAAGCCCAUUAACUGGUCAGCUCUACAGAAGUCUGGUCUAGCUUUACAACUUGGAACUCUUUUGGUCACUAUUGAACAACCGGCAUUUGCGGUGACGGGAGUAAAUGACGAACAAGAUUUGACGACAACACUGAUACAACUGGGAAUUGUUGCAUUUUGGUAUUUCCUAAUCAUGCCGCCUAUCAUCAUGAAUUGGCUUCGGCUCAGAUGGUACAAACGAAAGCUCCUGGAGAUGUAUUUGCAAUUCAUGUUUGUGUUCAUGUUCUUCCCCGGAAUUAUUCUUUGGGCACCAUUUAUCAACUUCAGGCGACUUCCCCGAGAUCCAUCCAUGAAGUAUCCUUGGUCAACACCGCAAGAUCCUUCAUUUGAAUAAUUGAACAUCACUGUUAUCAAAUGGCUGAUUAUCUUUUGAGCCAAGCUGCUCUAUUGUAUAAUAUUACAGAAAUUUGCUUAACUUGCCAUAUAAAUCUCCUUUGCAUUUCAUAUA